CCAUAGAAGAAGAAGAAGAGUGACGCAGCUCAUCACACUCUCCAACGAGAGAAGAAAUGUCGCACCACCCGGAACUGUCCGCGGAUUGCUCCAGGCAGUGGCCAAAAUGAUGUCUGAAGAAAGUGAGCCCAUGAGGCACAUUGAUCUUGGGUCUCCUUCUCUGGAACAACCAGCGGCUGGUCACUGGUUCCCUGGCCCUCCCCCGCCCGUCUACUCCUGCACUCUGACUCCUGAGCUGGUGGCCAAGGCCCGGGAGGAGCUACAGGAGAAGCCAGAGUGGAGGCUGAGAGACGCACAGGCCCUGAGGGACAUGGUGCUGAAGGAGCAGCCUAACCUCCGGACCAGGCUGGACGAUGCCUUUCUCCUGCGCUUCCUACGGGCCAGGAAGUUUGACUAUGACCGUGCCAUGCAGCUGCUCCUCAACUACCACACCAGCCGGCGGGCCUGGCCCGAGGUCUUCCAGGACCUGAAGCCCUCCACGGUCAAACAUGUGUUAGACCUGGGCUUCCUGACUGUUCUGCCCCAUCCGGACCUUAAUGGAUGCUACAUCCUCUGUCUCAGACCUGGAAAAUGGAAAGCAAAUGACUAUCCAUUUGAGGACAACAUCCGGGCCAUUUACCUGACUCUGGAGAAGCUGAUUCAGCCAGAGGAGACUCAGGUGAAUGGGAUCGUCAUCUUAGCAGACUACACUGGGGUGGGCUUGUCCCAGGCAUCCAAUCCGGGCCCGUUCCUGGCCAAGAAGGUUGUCAGCAUCCUUCAGGAUAGCUUCCCAAUAAGAAUCAAGGCUGUUAACAUCAUAAAUGAGCCCCGGAUUUUCAAAGGGAUCUUUGCAAUAAUUAAGCCUUUCCUGAAGGAGAAGAUGGCAGAGAGGUACGUUCUCCACGGGUCAGACCUGCGCUCUCUGCACCGCAAAAUUCCUCAAUCCGUCCUGCCAGAGGAGUAUGGUGGAGUGGCCAGACACCUUGACAUGUCAGCCUGGUCAAAGACAUUACUGGACUCUGAGGAGGAGUUUAUAGUGGAGUUCUGCCAGCCAGAUCCUCUAGAGGGCGUAGUCCUCCCAGACUCCAUGCUGUUUGAAGGGGAGCAGCCUGGUGGUGGUGCCAGGGAUGACGACACCUUCAGGGGGCUACGCUCUCAGCUCUACUACUGUUACUGAUAAUGACCACCACCACCUCUCGCUACUAUGAGGACACUAGCCUGGUCCCAGAUGUGUUUGUGCUGUCUUGCCAACUCCUAUGGUUAUUGACCAUAGUUGGUAAAACAGAACUAGAUCUGGGACCAGACUGAGGACACCACUGUUUAUUUUUCCCACUAAUUGUUAUUUUGACCAAUCACAUCAGAUAUUUUUUUAGAUCUGAUUGUUUUUCACUAAUUGGUCUUUUGACCAAUCAGAAUAAGGCUGCCUGUAUAAACGCAGCAAAAGUUAUUUAGUAGAAAUCACUACAGGAAGAGCUAAAGAGAUGUCUGGGCCCAUAUUCAAAAAGCGUCUCAAGAGUAGGAGUGCUGAUAUAGGAUCCGUUUUUACCUUUGAGAUCAAAAUGAAUAUGGGGCCUACUACACUCCACAUUGGCCAAACAUAAGGCAACUUUAGGUUCUGGUAAGGAAGCUUUACAGGAGCUGCUAAUGCAUGUUUACUUAUUUAGUAGUUUGUGCCUCUGAGUUUUAAAAUGGCUCUGAUUUCCAUUGUAAGAUUUAUUUCCCAUAGAGGAAGACGUUCGACUGUGCCCAUUUGAAAUGCCACUCACUUCCACUUUCUCCUUAAUUUCUCAGAAUACAUGUUCUGAGGCUCUUCAUCGGCAUGGUGAUAUUCAAACACCAUGUGGUUACAGAAUACAAGUACCGAGGCUCUUCAUCGGCAUGGUGAUAUUCAAACACCAUGUAGUUACAGAAUACAAGUACUGAGGCUCUUCAUCUGCAUGAUACACGUACCGAGGCUCUUCAUCUGCAUGGUGAUAUUCAAGCACCAUGUAGUUACAGAAUACACGUACCGAUGCUCUUCAUCGGCAAGGUGAUAUUCAAACACCAUGUAGUUACAGGACACAUACUUUGCCUUAAUCUAUUUUUGAUAAUGAUAGAUAUGCAAGGGGUUAUGAAUGGGGUUUAAUUUGUAUGUAAGCAUACAAGUAUGCCACUUUUAUCCAAAGCAACGUACAGUGCAGUGAGUGGAUAGCGUACAAUUGUAGCAUGUGUAUGUAAUUCCAGCAAGAAUUGAAACCCAUGAACUUGCCUUUGCUGGCGCCAUGCUCUUCCUGAACCACUCAAGACCUGUAAUGUCUGAGUUACUGAGCGCCAAAGCCUACAGUGUACCUACAUGGCAGUGUACCUACAUUACCAUUCAAAAGUUUGAGGUCACUUUGAAAUGUCCUUGUUUUUGAAAGAAAAACACUUUGUCCAUUAAAAUAAUAUCAAAUUGAUCAGAAAUAGUGUAGACGUUAGUGUUGUAAAUUACUAUUGUAGCUGGAAACGGUUGAUAGAAAAAAAAAGAAAGGAAUAUCUACAUAGGCGUCCAGAGGCCCAUUAUCAGCAACCAUCACUCCUGUGUUAGCUAAUCCAAGUGUAUCAUUUUAAAAGGCUAAUUGAUCUUUAGAAAACCCUUUUGCAAUUAUGUUAGCACAGCUGAAAUCUGUUCUGAUUAAGGAAGCAAUAAAACUGGCCUUUAGACUGGUUGAGUAUCUGGAGCAUCAGCAUUUGUGGGUUCAAUUACAGGCUCAAAAUGGCCAGUAACAAAGACUUUAUUCUGAAACUUGUCAGUCUAUUCUUGUUCUGAGAAAUGAAGGCUAUUCCAUGUGAGAAAUUAUCAAGAAACUGAAGAUCUCGUACAACACGGUGUACUACUCACAGAACAGCGCAAACUGACUCUAACCAGAAUAGAAAGUGGGAGGCCCCGGUGCACAACUGAGCAAGAGGACAAGUACAUUAGUGUCAAAAAAAUUAGCUUUUCAAAAACGAGGACAUUUCUAAGUGACCCCAAACUUCUGAAUGGUAGUGUACCUACAUGACAGUGUGACACCAAAGCAAUAUUGAUGCACAUUUGUUCAUAUUAAUAUUAAUUUAACUAGUCCUGAUCAGUUGUCACUCAUGCUGAUUUGAUUUCCACCACUAGCAUUGUAAAUUGUGGAUAGUUGUAUGAUAUAAAAGUACUAACUACAGUAUUACAUUAAAUUUAACAUAGCUCAAAUUAACAUGAACAUUUUUUACAUUUAAUAGCUAGUAUGUAGAUGAAAUGGCCAUGUUUAUGCAUUGUUCUAGACAAGUUUGAAUCCACAGACUAUUUUGAUAUGUAACGUUACAGAUAGAUACAGCUACUUUGUGUUUUCUUUGCAUUAACAACACUUAGGGCAGGUUUCCUGGACACAGAUUAACCCUAGUCCUAGACUAAAAAGCAUGAUCAAUGGAAAUUAGCCAUUGAAAUUGCCUAUGCUGUGAUCUGGAAACGGGUCCAUAAUGUUUUGUUUUACCAAUCUCAACCCAGGGUACAGAAGCCAGCUAUGGGGAUACCCACCCAGCAACACUGGAGCUAUGUCAUUGUGCCAAAUAUUUUAUUAUUACGAUGGACCAUUUAGAGGUUAGGUUAUAUUGUGCAGAUGAACUCACUCAAUAGACAGAGAGUAUACCAAACAUUAGGAACACCUUCCUAAUAUUGAGUUCCUUCUUUAACCUGUCUCCUUCCCUUCAUCUACACUGAUUGAAGUGGAUUUAACAAGUGACAUCAAUAAGGGAUCAUAGCUUUCACCUGGUCAUUCAAUGUCAUGGAAACAGGUGUUCAUAAUGUGUUAUAUACUCAUGAGUUUAUAUUUUAUUCAUUAUUUUAUGAAAGGCCAAAUUGUUUAAAAAAUAUAUAUUUUGUCAUUAAGUUACAUUCCACAAUGUUAUAUUGUAAUUAGCUAAUCAGUUUAUUUUUCUAAGAUGUCUAAGCAUGUCUGCAGUCUCUUCAUAUUUUAGAGUAGGCCUCCAUUGAUCAAUAUAUGAAUAAACACAUUUCAAAUUCA